UUCUCUAUAUAUAGCAACUAACUUCUCAUCUUGUUUGAUACAAAAAUGCAUUACCAGACUGAAGCUUGGGGCUCUUACAUGACCACAAGGAGUAGUACCAUGGGCGACCCGCUUGAGCGCAUAGAGAGGCUGGCGUCAGAGAACGCGGUGGUGAUCUUCAGCAUGAGCACAUGUUGCAUGUGCCAUGCCAUAAAGCGGCUCUUCUGUGGCAUGGGCGUGAACCCAACUGUGUACGAGCUGGACGAGGACCCCAGAGGUAAAGACAUGGAGAAGGCUCUAAUGAGGCUCUUGGGAAGCUCCUCAGCUGUCCCGGUCGUCUUUAUCGGCGGGAAGCUUGUUGGGGCAAUGGACAGAGUCAUGGCCUCUCAUAUCAAUGGCACUCUGGUGCCUCUUCUCAAAGAUGCCGGCGCUCUCUGGCUCUGAUCUAUUCUCUUUCUUUCAAUAUUUUCAAAAAAGAAAGAGAAAGAGAAAUAUGGUUUUGAUUUACAUAGCACAAAGAACGGCAGAGGAAGAGGAGUGGUGUUUGUGAGUCUUAGCUCCUCUUUUUUGGACACUGUUGACUAAUGUGUUAGCUUUGCUCCUUGUAACUGGUUUGUCGUUUUUCUUUUCUUU